GACGAAAAGCUCAGUCGCUCGCGGACUGCGCUCCAGUGUGGUACUUGGUUCUCAUGCGAGUCCGCUUCUCGCCGACAUGCCAACACUGUCGCUAUCAUUCGCGAUCGUUCGUACAUUUCACGCCCUCGUUGUCCUGUGCUGAGAUGCGCCGAUGGGACCAGUGAUCAUGCAUCUCGAGGUUCGACCGCAGUUUCGCAAAAUCGCUGAUCGUUCAACGAUGCUGACGAUCGGAUUGACGAUGAUGUUUGCCAUCAUCGUCGUCGCCGAUCCUUUCCUCGACGCAGCGCAAGAAAUGUCCUGCUGUUCUUUGGCUGCCGGAUCUUGUCGCAAUGUCUGCUCCAAGAUCUCUCUUGUGGUGUUGGGAGCAGAGGCAGAAGCAAGAGAGAACGCGACGAGACGGUUGCUGGAGUUUUGUUCCCUAGAGCUGACGGAAUUUUGGGGCUGCGUCAACUCGACUUUGAACGAGGUGAAGAGACACGAAAAUUGGACUGGAAGGGGUUGUUGUUACCUGGUACAGAAUCCAAUAUGCCGAUCCACGUGCGCUCUCUCAGGCUCUAGAAGAGAUCUGAACGAAUCCUGUCGGCCAAGUGACGAGCCUGAAUUUUACUCUUGCUUGGAAAGGCGAGAAGAAGCCGAGCACUGUUGCAGCAACGUAUCUAACGAUACCUGUAGAGCAAUUUGCCAAGAUUUGUUCUAUAAACCCGGGAAGAUUUCAAAUCUGAAGUUAUAUAGUAGCAAGGGGUGCUUCCAUCAAGUUCCAAAGUGUCUAAAAAGCGUGGCUGAAGUGAAGCACGCUGAAGACCCGAAACAACAUUUGCACUGUUGCAACGUGGCUACGACCCCAGCCUGUUUAGAAACGUGCAAGAAAAUCCUGCAUACGGCAACUACCGAUCAAGAGAUCAUGGAUGCGCUGACAGAGAAAUGCAGACCAGUAUUGCCUCAAUCGCCGUUCUGGAGCUGCUUGUUGAAGUCUGGCUCGUCAAAGCCAGCACGGUUACCUCUAGAUGCGGGCAAGUUGUCGUGCUGCACCAAAGCGACCAAGCCAUCGUGUCAAAAUCUGUGUUGGAGAGCGUUCCAAGCAGACUGGGAGUCCGCGUGGCUUCAGCUCGACGCAGAGUGCUUGUCGUCGAGCUUAGAAGGCGAACUUAGGAGGUGUCUCGAGGAUACCGACGAUCCAUGCGAAAUGGGUUGCUCUGGACUGUCCUAUUGCACUCGAUUCAACGACAGGUCAACGACACUUUUCAGAAGUUGUUCGGCCGCAGCUGACGAGGCAGCUAAAUUAGAAGCUGAUCACUGGUCCAGAGGUGGGAUCGUUCGAGGAUUAGGUGUGCCUGUUCGAGCUGCUGCUUCCUGUCCACCGGAAACGCUACGGGCAGCCGCAUGUCUAUUGCAAUUGAGACCCUGCGAAACAAAGAUCCACGAGACGAGACUCUGUCGAGAGGAUUGCUUAGAAUUGAUGGCCAGUUGCGUAGACUGGUCAGCCAUUACUGGUCCCCAUACAGCAGCCACGUUAUGUGCGAAACUCUCACCAGCUAGAUCCGACGCCUCCUGCGUGUCUCUAAGACCGUUUCUAGAAGAUCCUCAGGAUAACGAGUCCGUGAUUCAUCUCGAGGAAGACAUUAUGACCCCUUGCAAAAGUAAUCCUUGCGCCCAGGGCGAAAUCUGUCAGCUGAUUCAUUUUGGCAGCCAAUUGUACCGCUGUGUACCGGCUUGUUCUCUUGGAGAGAUGUCGAAACAACUAGUACCCGUAGGAUCUUGGGUACAGAUACCAAGAUACGACCAACAGGGUUGUCUCAGAAUCUGCCAGUGCACGCUGCACGGUUUGGAGAAGUGCCGAACGUUAAACUGCUAUAAAUUCAACUCCUGCUGGGUACACGAUCGGUUCAUUGCUCAUAAAGCCAACUUCUAUCUGGAAUGUAAUCCCUGUCACUGUUUCGAGGGCGAGUUCACGUGUUCCAAAAAGAACUGCGGAGAGAUCCGAGCUCCCUCCCUUCCCUGCGACUGUCCGGCUCAUUACGUUCCUGUCUGUGGAAGAUUAGGCUUCACUUUUGCGUCUGGUUGUCUGGCAAAGUGCGCGGAGAUGUCGGCGAACGAAGUGGAAUUCGGUAGCUGUUCCUCUCGAAACGCCUGCGCAUCCAAUCCCUGCGACAGCACAGAAAAGUGCGUUCCAAGAACCAGAAUAUGCUUGUCCAGGCUUCAUAAAUCUUGUCGCCAGUACGAAUGCAUUCCCCUCGAUUGCGAUCCUCGAGAUGAAGCGAACGGUCCAGUUUGUGACAAAGAGAACCGCCAAUAUCGAUCGGUGUGCGCUAUGAUUCGUGCUGGAGCCAGUUUGGCCUAUAGAGGACAUUGUCUGGAAGGAUGUAGCUUACGUGGUCCUGUUUGCGGCAUCAAUGGAGAGGUUUACGCGAACGAAUGCGCGGCGUGGGCAGAAAGGACGGUGGUGGAUUACUUUGGUCCUUGCGUAGCUGUUGGAUUGAUAGGUGAUGAAGCUAAGCCUCGUUGCGGUGAUCUAGUACAGUGUCCUCGAUUAAUCGAGCCCUACUGCGUCGGAGUCACACCACCUGGUGCUUGUUGUCCUGUGUGCGGUGGAGCGGCUAAACUAUUUUAUUCCAAAAAACAGCUGGACAGGAUAUACUACACGAUGGAUGAGGACGUGGACAAAGAUUCGGUUACGCUCGAGGUCCUUUUAUCAGCUCUAGCACGACAGAUCCAAGUGGCACAGUGUGUUCUUCGAGGCAUGAUGACACCGGACCUUGACAUAUUCAUUCUAGUACAGCCUACGUCGAAAAGGCCUUCAACUUUACAACUACGAGCUUGCGUGGCCGAGAUUGAGAAAUUAGUUACCAGAAUUUCGGAGAGAAGUCCUAGGAUCACGACCGAAGUACUCUUAGGCGCGCUCACCAGAGCGGAAAUUGCUCACAGUUACAUAUCAAGUGCCAUGACCAUUGGAGGAUCCGCUACGCAGGUCUUUCUUGGAAUUCUCGUAUAUAUUAUAAUUUCGUGAAAAUCGAAAUAGACACAGCGGCUACUUUUUUACUCGCAUUUUUCAAAGGUGCUAAAACAUUUGUUUUACCUAAUGGCUUUACCGUAUUUUCGCGGUAUCGUCAAGUUCAUGACUGUGAUUCUUCUAGUGCCUAACGUAAUAUAUAAAAAAUUAGAGUGUAUUUUUCAUCUUUUUAAUAUUGCCAAAGAAAAGGGAGUACGUGAAACAUGUACAAAAGCACAUAAUUAUCCAAAUAAGAAAAUAUCGCAAAACAAUUGUUAAAGGAUGAUUAUGUUGCUCAUUGUAAGAUGUAAAUAAAGUUAAAGUCCUAACUUAAGUUACCAAAAAUUAAAUCCUUCGCAGAUACAAUAAUCGAUAGAAAACCCAAGUCUGUCAAGCGGUCCAAAUUUCAUGUCGCAUCAUACGUUUUUCAAUUGAUUUCUUAAGCCGAGAAAUUUGUACCGCUCGCAGAUACCUCGAUCGUUACUCUCGUUAACUGUUAAGCAAGUUUUGCACAUUAUUGUACUGUUAAAUACAAAAUGUUUUGUAUAGACACUUGUAAGUUUAAUAAAUUUCUAAGUUUA